AUGGUCGAUCCAAAUCGGAAAAUUAAUCGUCUUACUGAUAAAGAUAUUGAGUUCUUGGACGAAUGUGAAGAAGAAUUUGCUUAUCGUUAUACUGAAAACGAUGAAGAAUUUGUAGCACAUUGUCAGAAGGAAUUAACAGAUCCGCCGAUUGUGGAGCCUUGGAAUACGCAUCAACAUCAACAAAGGGGUAAUAAUUUCCAUCAUAGGGGAAAUUUUGGAAGUAGAAGUGGGGAUAGCGGAAACAGGUACAAUAAUUGGCGUGGAGGCUACCACGGUAAUAAAAACAAUCCAUAUCAUUACAACAGAAGAGGUGGUGGCAAUGAUACAAGCGGAAAUAAGAAAAAUACAAAUAAUUAUUAA